AUGGCGCCCAGCGUUGAAUACUAUUGCCCGUGUCUGGCGGACUCACCCCAUCCGCCACCCCCGCAUCUCGCUUCGUCCUCUCACAGCUUCCACCCGCUGCACAAUCUCUUCUUCUGCGAGGAAUGCGACGCUGUCCGGUGCAACCGAUGUGUCCUGGUGGAAGUCAGCGGGUACUAUUGUCCGAACUGUCUCUUCGAGGUGCCGAGCGCGAGCGUACGCGCGGAGAAGAACAGAUGUGCUCGGAACUGCUUUCUUUGUCCGAAUUGCCGUAACACGCUCACGGUCGUCCCGUCCGACCCACCAGAAGAUGGCGACAGCCGGAUGUCUCCCGUCGCCGGCAGCACGCUCGGCGAGCCACCUUUCUUCCUCUACUGUAAUCACUGCCGAUGGGACUCUGCAGAAGUGAACAUCACGUUUGAGAAACCGACCGGUCUUGCUGCACAACUACAAAAGUUCGAAGACUCCGCGCCCGAAUCGCUCGAAUUCGAGCGCCUCAAGGAACACUUUGAGCCCUUCCUACCCGCAGCCUCGUCCGCCCUCGCGCGCGACGUCCCUGGCGUGGGCAAGUACAGCCCCCUUUCGCGCAGCCGCGCCGGCCGCGAGAAGGGCGCGAACAAGCACGACAUUCCCGACUACAAGAGCCGCGUCGAGGUCGGCGCCGCGGGCGGGCUCGGUAACGGCGGCGGCGAGGCCGACAUCGACUUCAUGCGCCACCUCGAAACGGUCGCGGAGGUCGCGACGCUCGAGCAGCGCUGGGCGAACAGCUGGGUGUCGUCCCUGCACACUAGCGAUCUCAAGCCGCUGCGCAUCCCGCUGCAGUCGAAGAACUCGAAGCGCUGCCCGAGCUGCCGCCACAUCCUCAUCAAGCCGGAGCAGAAAGCGCAGUCGGUGCGGUACAAGAUUAAGCUCGUCGCGGCGAACUACCUCCCGGCUAUCAAUGUCUCGCUGCCGCACGCGCAGGCCGCGGCGGAGAUGUUGAAGCGCUCUGCGUUGACCAAGUCGACAUCCGCGGUUGUAGAUGACUCGGCUGGGUCCGGCGGGCUGCUUGCAGGCAAGACGUACGCGUUCCAUCUUGCGUUCACGAAUCCGCUGUACGACCCGAUCCAAGUGCGGCUGAAGAAGGCACAGCCGCAUCCUGCUGAAGCUGAAGCGGGCGCGCGGCGUGCGUUCCAAGUCAAUCUGCCGACGAUGGCGUUCCCCAUCGCUGCAUUUGCGGAGGCGUGGGAGUAUGAGGACGAUGAAGAAGACAUGUUUGGGCUGGAUGGUGACGAGCCGGACGUUGAGGGACGGAGAGCGCAGAAGGAUGGUCGGGGGAAGACGCGUACGGUUGGUGUGCUGGAGAAGAGGGCGAACGUGACCGUCGUAUCUGGCGAAGUCAUUCUCACCAAGGAAGCAAAGGGCAAUGUCAAGUUCAACAUGCUGGUGUCGUACACGUACAGGUCUGAUGAACCCGACCCUUCUGAGGACAACGAGAUGGCGACACCGUCGCGGUCGCAUGCGAACAAACCACCGGAGAUGAAGAACUUCUCGUUCUACACGGUGAUCGACCUUGGUCCCAUCAUACGCAGGGAAGAGAGUAGGGUCAAUUCGGAGCUUUGA